UUGAAGUAGCGGAUAAAGGAAGCAGAGAGAGAGAGAGAGCCCCGGGUUGCUGCCUUGGAGCAGCAGAGCAGAUCUACCCGAUCCCUAGAUCCUCCCAUGGCCUCCUUCCAGCUUCAUAACCUCUACUUCUCCGUUCCAUUCCCAGCUUUUCGCGAAACCUCCAAUCUCAAAAGAUGGGAUUUAGCCGGCCACUCGAGGUUCCAUAAAUUUAUCAGGGCAGAGCCCCAUCUCCCGUCCAGUCUCCACAAAUCCCUUGGAAGGCAGGCCUCAAGAGCUUCCGUUGAUACCGGAAACGGAGCUCCAGAAGCUCCCAAACCGUCUCGCAGAGGUAGAAAGAAGUCCACGGCUUCCGCUCCUUCUCCUUCUCCCUCUCCCUCUCCUCCCAAAGGAACAAGAAGAUCCAGGAAGAAGCCAGAAGCGGUAGAAGAAUCCCAAAACGAGGAAGAAAAACCACCACCAUUAGCAAUAGACGAAGACGAGGAGGAGGAGGACUUCGACGAUGGGAUGGACUUCCCCUACGGAUCACCCCCUUUAAUCUGCUGCUUCGGCGCCGCACAGAGGGAGUUCGUGCCAACGGUCCGGGUCUCCGAGCAGCAGAUGCACCCGGACCAGUACUCCUCUUGGAAGGCUCUCCAGUGGAACCCGCCCGAGUUCGUCCGAGCCCCCGGCGGCCCUCCGUCCAACGUCGCUAUCUCCCAUGUCCGGCUCGGCGGCCGCGCUGCCUUCAUGGGGAAAGUCGGGGAUGACGACUUGGGGAAUGAUCUCGUGUACCGCAUGAACUUGGAGAAGGUCCAGACCCGGGCUGUCAAGAUCGAUCCAGCAGUCAAGACCGCGGCUUCCUACAUGAAGAUCGGAUUUCGGGACCAUGGCGGUCGGAAGAAGUUGGUGGCCGAGACUGUCAAGACUUGCGCCGAGGAUUCUCUCCUGAAAUCCGAAAUCGAUGUUGCCGUUUUGAAAGAGGCUAGGAUAUUUCAUUUCAGCUCCGGGGUAUUGCUGACACCUACCAUGCAUUCUGCCCUCUUCAGGGCCAUCGCAUUGUCGAAGAAGUACAGCAGCAACGUGUUCUUUGAUCUGAACCUGCCGCUGCCGCUAUGGAGCUCUAGAGAGGAGACCCGGGAAGUGAUCAAUAAGGCAUGGAGCAAAGCCGACCUCAUCGAAGUGUCGAGACAGGAGCUGGAAUUCCUGUUGGAUGAAGAGUACUAUGAGAAGAAGCGCAACUACAGGCCUCAAUACUAUUGCGAAUCCUACGAGCAGACAAAGAACAGGCGAGACUGUCAUCAUUAUACCCGGGAAGAGAUUGCUCCUCUCUGGCAUGAUGGAAUAAAGAUCUUGUUCGUGACGGAUGGGACGCUUCGGAUCCAUUACUACACCCCCAAGUUCGAUGGGGCGGUGGUGGGGACUGAGGAUGUGCUUAUAACCCCAUAUACAUGCGAUCGAACGGGUUCCGGCGAUGCCGUCGUCGCUGCGAUCAUGAGGAAGCUGGCGAUACAUCCGGAGAUGUGUGAGGAUCAGGAUCUCCUGGAAAGGCAGCUCCGCUUCGCUGUUGCUGCUGGGAUCAUUUCGCAAUGGACAAUUGGUGCUGUCAGAGGCUUCCCGACGGAGAGUGCGACGCAAAAUCUGAAAGAGCAAGUUUAUGUUCCUUCCAUGUGGUGAGAUUUCUGCCAGCUGCGUGAGAACUCAUAGAUACAAACGGAUUUAUCGCAUCGCAGCUCUGGCAGAAAGAUCUAAAGGCGGUAGGAUGUAGUUUCCUUGCCAAUCAAUUUUGGAUUUAGACUGAUAGAGCUAGAUGUUAUGAAUUGAUCAUCUUACAUAAACUACUUGUACCACCACAUUGUUGCACAUUGUUUUGCUAAUCUCAAAUCGUGGAGUGAGGACUCCGAAUUUGGCAGA